AGCCUCUGGUAUUCACGACUUCAUCGUUUGUCCAAGCAACAGAAAUGGCAGAGCUCAUCGAUGGAUACUGUCAACUGGUGGGAAAUCAAAAACACUCUUUAUUAAAUCGUAAAAUAGGUGUGUGAAAUUGUAUAUUCCUGUGAGGGAUCCUAUCGUAUCCUAUUAGAUCCAUGAUCCUUAAGAUGGGCUAUGGGGUAUUUGGGUGUGGCGGUAAAAUAAAUAAAUUUUAAAUGGCUAGAAACAGGGUUUGUAAAGGCCGAUUUUGAGUAGACAACUGUCACAUGCAACCUGCUUACAACUUGAGUUGUACUGUGUAAAUCUCAGAUGAAGUCAGAUACAGUAAGUUGCUGAAUAUUAUGUCAGAACUUUGUACAUUCAUGAUUUUCUUUUUCUGAUCAAUUUGUAGAUGAUAGAAGAUUGCCAAAUGUCCCUGUAGCUCAAGGGACAAAUGGCAGUCAACCCAGCAGUGAAAAUACGUCGACGAGGCAUGGAUCUGUGACGUCUACUACGACACAAAAAAGCGAAGGUGAUUAUUUUUCACUUUUCUGAUAGUUCUCAAUCAGUGAUGGUAACUGUUGCGUUUUCAUGAAAUUCAAAUGCACUCCAAUACCGCUGAGGAUGGCUAUAGUGAAUGUUGUUCUUUAAGUGAAUGUUGUUCUUUAAGUGAAUGUUGUUCUUUAAGUGAAUGUUGUUCUUUAAGUGAAUGUUGUUCUUUAAGUGAAUGUUGUUCUUUAAGCGAAUGUUGUUCUUUAAGUGAAUGUUGUUCUUUAAGAGGCAAUUUUUUUCAAUGUCACGUAUUUGCAAUGAAAAGUGUUCAAAACCUAAAAUCUUUCUGGCGUUCCUCUCAAAAUUACUUUGUUUUAGCUUUAUUCUGUAGUUUAUAGAGUUAGCUACCUUUUUAAAUGCAUCUGCCGGUUGAGAAACAUAAAAUAAUAGUUAAAAAUUGUCAAUUAAAAUACAAUUAUCAAUGAUGCUUUAAAAUUGACUCCAUAUUUACAGUCAUAUAAGCAAAACUUACUGGACAGACUCUUCAUUUUAGCAUUAUGAACAGAAUGAACAUAGCAUUAUGAGCAGAAUGAACAGACUCUUCAUUUUAGCAUUAUUUUACAGAUAAAGCACUAAACAUACUUUUUAAGUUUUUUUGCCGAUUGAGAAUCGUAUCGAAAAAUAAAAAUUUUGAAUUUAGUCAUGACCUCAAGUGAUAUAUUAUACACAUUAGUUUUGAGCGCGUGUUACGUAACAUACAAAAAAAUCUCCUCUUAACUAUUUUACAAAGCCACAAACAAUUUCGAAAUUUGCUAUCCUACUCAAUUAUGUAUGUUUUUUUUAUAAAAGCACUGUGUCUAUGUUUAAUUGACACUGCUUUUUCAUACGAAAGCACUCAGUAAAUCGUUGCGAAAUACAGGAUGAGUAAAAGAAAACUGAUACCUCUGUUAUUCAAAUUAGCCGCAAAGGUAUCAGUUUUUUUUAUUCACCUUGUACAGGGUGUAUAAAAAAAUGUAAAAAAAAUACUUUCAAAUUCAAAUUAGCCAUAACCUUUUAAAUAUUCGUUGCUCUGCUGCAGCAAGCUAGCGUAUUUUAUAUCUUAUAUAUGCAUACUUGAAUAAUGCAUGCUUACUUUGAAACUUUUUUUUAAAUUUGAGUAUUUGUUCAUACAAAUCGAAGUUAUCCUAAAUUCCCAUGUGCAGAAGACCUUGUGUUUUCACGCAUUCAUUAAUUCCAGAAAUUAUACGGUGUCAAAUUACUACAAUAGAUUACGGUUAAUUUGAAUUUGAAACUUGAAAGGGUGCGCAUUUUUUUAUACACCUUGCAGUUGUAGUCAUUUACCAAUCGUACAGUAUGUAGAAUGGAAUUUGAGUUUGGCUUUGCUGAAGGUUUACAGACAGCACAGAAAUACCUCAACAAGCGUUCCAGCCUAAGAGCAAAGAAAUGUGAUCAAUUUUUAUGCCAAGCCAUUGAAGAUUUAUAUGGUCGGUAAGAUUUAAAUAUUCGCAUUAAUUUUCACUGAAUUUUCAUAUUGAAAUAUUGGUUUGUAUACAAACCGUAUUCCGUGAUCCCUAAAUUGUGCAUUUUAUGUUUGUACUAAAUGUGCAAAUCAUAUCAUGACUCAAAAUUUGAGACAUGAUGCUGUCACAAUAUAAUUUAUAUGCACACGACGUACAGAAUUUUGAUCAAAACAAAACGAUUUGCCACCUAUAUUUUUCGCAUUCAAGAAGCUAUAUUGAGAUUGAAAAUGGUUUCAUUGUCUCUUAAACGUACGUUUGCCUCGGCAACGUAUUCAAGGUGAAUGUACAUGUUUUUUAGGUUAUAUAUUUUCGCAAUGGUGAAUUAUGCGUCACAAAAAUUACUGUUGAUAUAAUUGACAUUUGUAACGCGUAUUUUACUGUCUACUUUUUGACAUGUUUCGUAAAAAUGACCAACAAUAUUUAAACAUUUAUCAAACUGAAAGCUGCAUUUUUUAUUGGUAAACGCUUAUUUUACUAAAAGCUGCAUUCUUGAUUGGUAAACGUGGAACGAAUUUGGAUUUAUUGAUGUCAUAAUUGUGAACAAGGUUAUAAGGUUGAGACUGGUACAACACACUGAAAACAUUAUGCGCGAGCGUAAAUUUGCUAUCCAGUAUUUUUAUGAUUCAUAGUUAAGCCACUCCAUACUGUUUGGAUUUUGGGCAUGCGUGAUUUUAUAAAUCUUGCACGAACUAUCCAGAAAAAGAAGCACGCGUUGUUUACUCGAUUUCAUGCAGUGAGUCAUGUAAUCAGUGCACAUUAUAGUAGGCCAAACAUGCCCCCACAGCAGAUAAACGAACACAGCUCAAAUUCAGACAAUGAAAAUGGAAAAAUCGCCACAUGUGGCAGAAUGAGAACAGUCUUACUGGAUCAGACUGUUUCUUGGGAGAAUGCAACACUAUUAUUGAAAGAAAUUAAGUAAAAACACAGAAUGGGAGUUUCCGAGGAAAGAGCAUUUGCAAGCUCUUAUUGCUCUCGCAUUUAUCAAAGUACAAUAAGUAUAACAUUGGUAUAAUCUUUCCAACGCUUCAUUUGAACAAUUGAUUGAUGAUUAUACUUUGGACUUCCUUAUUUGGUACAGUAUUUUAAAUAGUCUCUUUAAUUGGCCUAUUCGUAUGCUCAACAUUUUUAAUUUAUUUUUGCCACAUAUGCAGAAUUGUAAUUUAAAUGUUCAUUUCAAAAAGCCUCAUAAUGUUUUUUAGCGUACAUUAAUCCCCGAGCCGACGCCGCGAAGCGCCGUGCAAGGGUAUUAAUUCCCCCCGGCUAUUUACUCGGGGAAACGAAAGCAUUAGCCAAGUCUAAUUAAAGUUCAUCAAUUAUCACGGGCGUGGGUGACCAACGAUGGGUGGUCAUCCUCACUGAUCUCAAAAAUUAUGGCGGACUGUCAUGAAUAGUGGACACUGAUUGGUCCAAUUUAAAGUUUGCAUUAUAACGACUGCAUGACGACAGCGAAAUAGCAAACAUUUCUUGAUUUGAUGAUUGAUAAUUUUUUUGCAAAUUUAUUUCAUAUUUGCUCGCAUUUUUGCAAGAUUUUGUAAAUUUCAAAAUCUUUCUCAUAAAGAAAGGGCGAAAGAAUCGGCUAAAAGAAGGGAGCCGACGUUAACGAAGGUAAGUUUGUUUUGAAUAUUGAUUUUAUAAUGGCUUUAAAACCCGACGACCUUUGCGUAUAUGAAACGGCAACUAAACAAGACAGCAUAUAAUUUCAGUAUUUCAGUGUAUCUUUAAUAUUGAUUCCCUUUUUUUAUAUUGAAUUUUUUAAAUAAAAAAGAAAGUAAAGUUAUUUGUAUGCGAGAAUUUGAAAUCAUUUUAUUGCAAACUCAAAGUUUAUCGAUAAAGCCAUUUAAGCAGUUUAGUUUUAUAAAGAACACUUUAAAACGUUUUGCGAAGCAUUUGUGGUUGAAUUUUAUCUUAAAUUGAAGCUUAUAUUACGUAUAAUAACAUACCUAACAUAUAUAUGUUGGGAAAUUGAUAAUUUUGUUUUUAGUGUUUUAGGCGAUUUUUCAUUUGUAAGAGUAUUCUUAAAAAAAUAUCGUGUUACCAUGACAACUACUUUAGAUAUCUUCAUGUUCGGAAAAUACAAUGGUUUUGUCAGCAAGGCGAGGGUUUCUGCAUGUAUGUAUUUUCUAGUAUGUAUUAACCUGAAAUUAGUAAAAGCGGUUAGAUCCUAUGGUUUUUCAGGUUACAAAUGCAUAUAGUACAGAUUUGCUGCUUUCGUAUCAAACGAAGGGCAUUGAUCAACGUUUGUAAUCGACUUUAAUAAUUCAUGAGCCAACCGAACGUUGAUUUCACGAAAAGUACUUUUAGGAAAACCGUAGUUUGUUUAUAAGACCAUGACACAUAAUGAGCAUACGCUCUGCAGUUGACAAUUGAUUUAAUUUAUUGAAUUUAUUAACUUUACAAUCAUAGAAAAGUAUAACAAUGAUUGAAGGUAUGGUCAACAGGACGCGAGUCCCAUGUAACGACCAACCUAAAAGCAGGAGCGCACAUUAGGGGGAGUUUUUUGGGGGGCGGGGGAUGGGUACGAAACCCCCCUUAGCGUCCGAAGGUCACCAAAAGUCGGUCCCGUUCUUCCUUGAUACUGUGCGAAAACUCGGUCCCAAAAUUCGGUUACAAGAAGUAAUAUUUACUUCUGUCAGUGAAUAUGGACCGACAACACAACAGCUGGUUGGUAAGAUGUUAUGACCAAGGGACACGCAUUCAGCGGUUCAUGCAUGGCAGAAAGGAAAUACAAAUACAUUUCCUGUAUGUCAUGUGUAUUGGAUUUCAUAAAAUUCGGCCUUAGUAGCUUUUAAUGUAUCACGUUACAUUACAUAAAAUGCGCUAUUCCGCGUUAGCAAGUGGCAACUUCAUACGGAGACUGGAGACCAGGUUGGUGCCUGUCGUUACUAUUUUUGAAAAGAAAUUGAAUUUUACAAACAUGACUAUCUCCUUUUCUAGCUUUAUAUAUUUUAAAUGCCUCCAUGCAUACAAGCUUUCUAGUACAGCAGGAUCAUACCGGUUUGGGUCUGAUCAAUUUUCUUACACCACAGGAUAUAUUUUACCGUUAUAAUUUCAUGACAUGUAUCUCCAAUUUUAUGUUUCACAAAUCUACACCUACACGUAUAUUUCUUAGGUUCACAUUUAUACAAAUACAAGUCGUUUUAUUAUCUUUUUUCCUCAUUUCCAUCAAAUACAACAUAAUUUUCACAGGCAUACAUUGUGAACAAGACGAGGCCAUCACAUCAUAUUUCACACUACACCUUUUGAGUAACAUUUAGGGACUAUUGUGGUAUAAAAUUAUUACUAGAAAACGGCAAUAUGGUUCUCAUUACCUACAUCUAAUCUUAAAAAACUUUAAAAACUCUAGAAUCAGCUAAAGCAACCAUUUCUACUCUGCGCUACUUACCUGACGAUGAACAAAACGUAAACAAUCUGAUUACUUCUGCUGUGAAAUUUUCUGAACGUCAUGCAUAGAGUCGAUGCGAGUGGACGAAAGACGAGAAACGGCAAAAAAAGUGCCCUCGAGGAUUUCUACAGAAAAGAAUUAUCCAAGUCCUCGACGUACAAACACAAGAUCUUACUGACAACGUUGAAGACAUGUGAUAUUCUUGCCCCGGCAAUUAACCUAGAUUCUUCUUUCUCCAUUCGACAAUGA